GAACGAACCGAGCGGCCCCUCGUGCGCCGUUCGAUCUCGCCCCUGAUCGUCCCGAAAGUCACAUGCGUUACCGACAAAUCACCUGGUCGGGGUCCACACUGGCAAAUCCCCACACAACCAUCACUCCAACCCACCCGCCAGCCACACACACACAUCGAAGGCGCGGACGCGCAUCUCCACUACUUCCUCGCGUCCGGCGACCGCCGUUAACCGGCCACCGAAGUGCGCCGCCGAGCACGCACGCGAGCGCAGCCUCAGCGGGAUCCGGCUGGGAGAGCAGUGGCGUGCCCAAUUUGAACACUGACGAGCAGCGCCGCGCCGUCGCGGACCCAGGCCUCCAUGCCGGGCGACGAGUAGUGCCUCGACCCCGCCGAAGGCGAUGAGCUGCUGACGCAGGCGGGAUCUGUCUGCGAGUUGAAAUGGCCGCCGCGCGCCCAGGCCAAGCUACUGCUGCUGCGGGCGGGAUGCAGCUACGAAUUGAAGUCGCCGCGCAUGGCUGCUGCUGCUUCUUCGCAGAUUCGGCUGGAUCUGGCUGCUGCCGCUGCCGCUAUUGAUUUGGUGAUUCUGCAGGUCGCAAGAACUACACCCGUGUUGAUGGGAAACGGGACACAUGCUUCUGUUCAUGGUGUUGGUACGAUCGAUCUGAAGUUUACUUCGGGAAAGAUCGUGCGACUGAAGAACGUGCAGCAUGUCCCUGCUAUAAAUAAAAAUCUUGUCAGUGGUUCUUGUUUGUGUCGAGAUGGUUAUAAAUUGGUAUUUGAGUCCAAUAAGGUUGUAGUAUCUAAGUGUGGACAAUUUGUUGGGAAGGGCUAUGAGAGCGGAGGCUUGUUCCGCUUAUCUUUGUCAGACUUUUGCACUAAAGUUAUUAAUCAUGUUUGCAGUGAAAUCGAAUCAAAUGUUUGGCAUUCACGACUUUGUCAUAUUAACUUUGGUGUCAUGACGCGGCUAGCAAAUUUGAGUUUAAUCCCAAAAUUUACAAUUGUCAAUGGUUCUAAGUGCCAAAUUUGUGUGCAAGCAAAGCAACCUCGCAAGUCUCAUGCGACUGUUGAGGCGAGGAAUUUGGCACCACCUGAACUGAUACAUUCAGAUCUUUGUGAGAUGAAUGUGGUGAAAUCUGAGGUACUUGACAUGAAUGUUGGUACCAUCAUGGAGUCGAAUGAUGCGACUUUCUUUGACGAUAUUUUUCCUAUGAAGGAUAUGCCUAGCUCAUCUAGUCAGAGGUCACAGACAACUCCUGGACCUACUGUUCCAUUGGAACAUUCCGAGAAGAAACACACAGAUAUUCCUGAGGAGGAUGACAAUGAAGCUCCUAGAAGGAGCAAGAUACAAAGGACCACAAAGUCAUUUGGUGAAGAUUUCAUUGUGUACCUCGUGAAUGAUACUCCCACUUCUAUUUCAGAAGCUUAUGCAUCUUAUGAUGCUGAUUACUGGAAAGAAGCUGUGCGUAGUGAGAUGGAUUCUAUCAUGGCUAAUGGGACAUGGGAGAUCACUGAUCAUCCUUAUGGGUGUAAACCUGUAGGGUGUCAUUCAGGAAGUGAAAGAUUUUCUGAAUCAAAACUUUGA